AUGAUGAAAGUUGAUGCUUCCUCCAUUGACGAAUUGCUUCGUGAGAUUGACCAAACAGUGUACGAGUAUCCGAAGCACACAACUCGUGAAAUUCCAUUCCAAAUCAAAGGAACAGGAACGGUUGGUGAUGUAACUUUAUUUAAUGUUGGCUUUCAACAUCAUCCCGAAAUCUAUUUUGCGAGAGCGGAAAAACAAGGCAAAGAAGCCUUUUCAUCAACUCAUAUCCCCUUCUCACCAAAUCCAUCACCAUCGGAUUUUAUGAAAGAAAAUUAUCUUACACCCAAGUUGGAGAAUGACAAGGAAGAUUAUAGAAUUUUCCCAAGAUUAUUUAAACCAAACGAAUUGUACUCUUUUGCAGUUUCAAACCCAAAAUAUGUGAUCGAAACAAUCAAAGAUCCUUUCACAGGAAAAAUCAGAGAAUGUAAGGAAGUGUACAUGCCACAAGUCAACGACACAUCAAAAACUUCUACAUCCUUGUUAAGACAACCUGCUGCAAGUAAAGACUUUGUAAGAGGCAACAGUCAUAACGUUCCAUUCGAGUUUGGCGGUAUUGAUCGAGAAGAAGAGAAGGGUAUUGAAGAAGCACUUUCUAGAGAUGAAGCUGUUGUACACAACACUGCAGCAAGUAAUGCUCAAGAAAAACAUCAUGCCAACAUUUUUGAAAGAUCUAUUCAAGAAGAGUUAGAAUUACUCAAGGUACAAAGUGAAAAUAAUACCGAAGCGAUUUAUGGAAUUGAAUCAUGUCCUCCUGGAUUCAAGCAUGGACUUUUCCAAGCGGCCAAGCAAACCAUUACAACAGCAAAACAACAACCCAAGGAAAAUCACAAUGCUGACGAGCGAUUGGACAUUGAAGCAAUGGCUAUUGGUAAAAAUCAACAAGGCCUACUCGAUGCCUACAAACAAGAUAUCUCCAAUUAUGAUCUUUCAAAUGAAGGAGAAGUGUUCAUGUCGGUAGAACAACAGAGAGAGUUGAGAAGAAGACAAGAAAUGAGAUCUAAAAAGCAAGAGCUGGUAAAUUUCACAGACAUUUUUUCGUCCACGUUGAGUGAGGAUGUAUUUGGUGGAGCUGAGGAAAGUGGGCAAGUGCAAGAAGAGAUAACACAGCCACAAGUGGCCGCUGUAUCCCAACAAGACACAGAGUCAAAACAAGAUGGUAAUAAGCUUAUUACUCCCUCUCAGCAAAGGCCAAAAGAUACCAUUGAUGAUCUUUUGGAAGCUGACGAAGAUGUUCUCUUCAGUUCAUUCAUUAGAAAGCAAGGAAAAAAGCAAAAAGACAACGAAUAUGCCAUCAUGACUAGAAUUGACGUCAGCAACUUUAAGCAGAUGGUUCCAGAAAUGGCUAUUCAAUAUCCUUUUGAUUUGGACAUUUUCCAAAAAGAAGCUAUUUAUCAUUUAGAAAAUAAUGAAAGCGUGUUUGUUUCAGCUCACACUUCAGCUGGUAAGACAGUAGUAGCAGAAUAUGCUAUUGCACUAGCUCAGAAACAUUUAACUCGAGUCAUUUACACAAGUCCAAUCAAGACUCUUUCCAAUCAAAAAUUCCGUGAAUUCAAGAAAACAUUUGGUGACGUUGGUAUUUUGACAGGUGAUGUUCAAAUCAAUCCUACAGCCACUUGCUUAAUUAUGACGACAGAAAUUUUACGUUCCAUGCUCUACAAAGGAGCUGAUUUAAUCAGAGAUGUGGAAUUUGUUAUUUUCGACGAAGUCCAUUACGUCAACGACCCUGAACGAGGUGUCGUGUGGGAAGAAGUAAUUAUCAUGCUUCCCAAACACAUCAAUCUCAUUUUACUUUCUGCCACUAUUCCAAAUACGUAUGAGUUUGCUGAUUGGGUUGGUAGAACUAAAAAGAAGCCCAUUCACGUCAUUCAGACAUUGAAAAGACCCGUUCCCCUUGAACAUCAUCUCUAUUACAAUGGAAAUAUUUACAAAAUUGUGGAUUCUACCUCAAAAUUCCUCAGUGCAGGUUAUAGAAGCGCUCUCACUGCACAAGAAGAAAAGGAAGAAAAGAGUAAGAGUAAGGGAGGCUUCAAAAAAACUCCAUACGCAAAGCUUAUUGAAACACUCAACAAAAAGAGUUUGUUGCCGGCAGUGACUUUUGUUUUCAGCAGAAAGCAAUGUGAAGAAAUUGCUGUAAGUCUUCAAAACACAGAUCUCAAUGAACCUGGAGAAAAGAACGAGAUUCACAAAUUCAUUUCUCAGUCCGUCUCAAGAUUAAAAGGCACAGAUAAGGGAUUACCACAAAUUAUUAGAAUUUCAGAACUUUUGAAACGUGGAGUGGGUAUUCACCACAGUGGUUUGCUACCAAUUGUGAAAGAAAUUGUUGAAAUUCUCUUCUCCAAGGGUCUUAUCAAAAUUCUAUUUGCCACUGAAACAUUUGCUAUGGGUGUGAACACACCUACUAAAACUGUGGUCUUCAACACGUUAUGGAAAUUCGACGGAAAAGACAAGAGAGAUUUACUUCCUGGUGAAUACAUUCAAAUGAGUGGAAGAGCUGGUCGUAGAGGUCUUGACACAGUCGGAAAUGUCAUUAUUAAUUGUGCUUCAGAAAUUCCUGAGGAACCUCUUCUUCAACGACUUAUUCUUGGAAAAGCAACACAACUUGAAAGCAAAUUCAAACUCAGUUACAACAUGAUUCUCAACUUGAUGCGAGUGGAGGACUUUAAGAUUCAAGACAUGAUUAAGAGAUCCUUCUCUGAAAGUAAGACCUUACGAAUCGUUCCCAAUAAGGAACUCUUGUUGAAGAGUAAGGAAAAAUUAGCAGAGAUUGAAAAAAUCGAAUGUAUCAAUGGAGAACCUGCGAUUGAUCAGUUCUAUGCCUUUGCUCGAGAACUUGAAGAUGUGAAUCAAAAAAUCACGACUGAAAUUAUGCUUAGUCCCAAGAUCAAUACAUGGACAAGUUUUGGACGAGUGGUUGUGGUUCGAUAUCGACUCGGAUAUACCUUGGGUGUCAUCUUACGACAAGAAGCAUCUACCUCCAUCAGUAAUCGUGAUGAAAAAUAUUAUUCCAUUUUAGGAGUGCGAUUGAAUCCAUCGUUUGAGAAGAGAAAACAAAUUAUUCCAAUACCCACGUCAACAGGUCUUGCAGAAUUUUCUCCAAUUUUAUUGCCUCAAAGUGGAGAAAUUUCUACUAUCAUUAUUGCACCUUAUUGGGACAUUUUAACGAUUUGUAAUGAAAAACUCAAUCUUUCACUCGCCAUUGAUGAGUUGAUGAAUAGUGGUGGCACAACAAAAGAAACCUCAGAGAUGAGAGCAGCUGCAAAUCAAUUAAUCAAUCUUUGGAAAGAAAAUCCUCCAACUCCCAUCAAUGCUAUCAAGGAACUCAAAUUGACAUCACUGGACUUUUCUGAGGCGCUCUCAAAACGACAACAGUUAAUAACCAAGUUACAAGAAAAUAAGUGCAACAUUUGCCCAAAGCUUGCUGAAAACUUUGACAAAACAGACAAACAGUACAAGAUUAAGCAAGGUCUUGACAAGCUUAGAUUUGCACUUUCUGAUGAAAAUUUAGAGUUAAUGCCAGAAGUGAAAAAGAGAAUCAAAGUUCUUAAAAUUUUGAAAUAUGUUGAUGCUGAUGAGACAGUUCAAUUGAAAGGACGGGUUGCUUGCGAGUUGAAUUCUUGUGACGAAUUGCUGGUGACGGAAAUGAUUUUCGAAAAUUUCUUUACAACCAUGACGUGUGAAGAAGCUGUUGCGGUCAUGUCAUGUCUUGUUUGCCAAUCAAGAGGAGAGACAGAGGAGCCCACCUUAACAAAACGACUUCAAGAAUUGAAAGAUAAGGUCUCUAACUUGGCACUCAGUCUGGGACAACUUCAAAUGGAAAAUGCGCUAGAUACAAGCCCAACAGAUUAUCUCUCCAAGACUCUCAACUUCUCCAUGAUGGAGGUUGCCUAUGAAUGGGCUAUGGGUCAAGAGUUUAAAGACAUUUGUGCCUUGACAUCCAUACCUGAAGGAACCAUUGUUCGAACCAUUUCUCAACUCGAUCAAGCCUUAAGAGAUGUCAGAAAUGCUGCUCGUAUUAUUGGUGACAUUAAUCUCUAUCAAAAGAUGGAAGAAUCAUCACGAAAGAUUCGUAGAGACAUUAUCUUUGCUGCUUCAUUGUUCUUAUUCCCAACAGACCAAAAGUAA